UUUCUCAUUUGACUCCCGGUCCUCAGAUUCCCUCCCCGGCUCGCAGCAACCUCAUAUUUUAAGAAGACACCACCACCAGGACAACCAAUCAGGAGACAGCACACCACCAGGGGGACAGCCAAUCAGAGGGGAGGAAGCCAUUGGAGGUCACCGGGAACAGCCAAUCACGUGGAAGGAGGAAGAAAGGAGAAAAAUUGAUUGAUAUGUAAGGUCAACCCACACUGACCAUUUGCACAACCUGACCUGACCUUCCCAAGCCUUCAAGAUGCUGCCCCUCAGACGAUUGCUUUGGGCAGGGUCAGCAGGGAGGGUCACUUCAUGCCUGUCUGGAGGCCUCCGCAUACCACCCAUCACCACCACCACCACCACACCACCACCAGCAGCGUCAACACCACCCCGGCGCUUUCAACACCACGUGGAUGACAGGACCAUUGUGAAGGUGUUGAAUUUGGAGAGCGAGGCGGGAAUCAUGGUUGACGCCUUCAGCCAGAUCGGCUUCAGGCUCAACAACGGACUGUCAAUCGUGGGUUCCGUGGCGCUGUUCCCCAAGACCGUGCUGUCCUGGGGCGUCCGAUGUGCUGCGGACAUCAACGAAGACACGCUCUCCCUCUUCUAUAUGCUGGAGCCGAAGAUAGAUAUCCUGGUCCUGGGCAUCGGCGACAAAGGGACCCCCGUCAACACCAGUAUCAUUCGCUUCAUGAAACAGAAGGGCAUCACUUUGGAGAUCCUACCCACUGAGAGCGCUUGUUCCACCUUCAACUUUCUCAACAUGGAGGGCAGGUAUGUAGCAGCUGCCCUCAUACCCCCAGAGGCCCUCAGGCACACCCAUGACGACUUGAUGGCCGCCCAGCGCUCCUCCAACACCCUCUUCACCGACCGCUCCGAAGACUAGGGCCUGGGGGUUGUAGCGGGUGUGAUUGUAGAGAAAUAUGUGUAUGUGUGUGUUGGUAGUGGGUGUAAGGGUGGAAAAUUUGUAUAUAGAAUGGGUGUGAGAGUAGAGAAAUGAUAUAGAAGAGGAGGAGGAGGAGAGGGAUGAUAGAAGGAGGUAAGGAGGAAGAAGAGGAGAGAAGAGGGAAGAUUGAAGGAGAUAAGGAGGAAGGAAGGAAGGAGAAGAUUAGAGGAAGGAGAAGAAGAGGAGGAGGAAACAAUCUCUUCUUCUGUCUCAGUCUUCUCUCUUCUCUUCCUCCUCCUCCUCCUCCUCCGAAAUCACUCUUAUUUAUUUAUAUUAUUAGUUGUUAUUUAUAAUGGGAAGCGAACAAGACAAAUUAAUAUAAGUGUACAGAUGCCAUAAGUAAUAGUGGUUUAGUAGUUCCGGGAGAAUCUGGCGGGCGGGGGGUGGCGGCUUUGGGGUCAGCCCCGCCACACACCCGCCACACACACUCAAUACUUCUCAUUUCCUCUCAUGUGUCAGUUAUUUACUACCUUUAAAUGAAGUUAAUUAAAUAACUGGAUAAGCCAAUAAGGUCAUGCUGUGUUAAGAUUGUUUAGUUUUUAGGAUAAUAACAGAGAUUUUAUGUAAAUACCAGGACGCCUGACAACGCUGUAUUCCAACGUUGUCAAGUGUCCUGGUAUUUGUAGUGCGGCGACGGCCUGAUGAACGAGCCUCCCAUAACCCACCUCUUUGGCCGACCCGGUAAGGAGUGGCUCUCCCGUCACGCUGGUCGCGGGUUCAAUCCCAGGCAGCCGGGGAAUACCCUCACUUUGUCUUGAUUAAUUUCUCGUGUUAUUUCGAUGCACGCAGAGGCCGUGUUGAGAAAUAGGAAGGAUUUAGAAAAGAAGCUCGUCGGGGCAUUAUGUAUUUACACAAGAUAUGUUAUUAUCCUAAAAACUAAACAAUCUGAAUACUAUAUGACCUUAUUGUAUUAUUCAAUUAUUUAAUUAACUUCAUUUAAAGGUAGUAAAUAACUGACAUAUGAGAGGAAGAGGGAGGUGUUGAGAGUGUGUGGCAGGCCUCGGGGCGGUGCUGACCUUGGCUGACCCCCAAGCCGCCAGAUUCUCGUGGAAAUACUUUAGUAGUAGUAUAUUUCUUCUCUCAUUCACUAAAAGUCUCUGUUCCAUGCAUGACCUGACGUGACCUCCCCAAACCCACUUCUUGUUCCGAAAGGUCACUCACUCUCUCUCUCCUUCAGUAAUAUUUAUAUAGGGAAAUUUAAACCACUAACACAUUUUUAUUUAUUUUUAUUAGUAGUAGAAGUAAUUUUGUUCAUGUAUUGCCGACUUAACAUCUAGAUAACAAUAACAAGUUGGUUUUUCUAACAAUAACAAGUUGGUUUUUCUUAAGCCUAAAAACUGCUGCUUGUAAAAUAGCUCUGAUGUAAAAAAUUGUAAAUAUAUCUAUGUGGAGGGAUUUGAUAACUAUUGCAAGGUUUGUCUUACUAUACCAACCAAACACACACACAAUUAGAUAUAAGCCUCUCUCUCAUUCACACAGAUAGAUAUAGGUCUCUCUCUCUCUCUCUCUCUCUCUCUCUCUCUCUCUCUCUCUCUCUCAGCUCACAGGCCCCACAAAUGUCACCCCACAGUAUGUUGACAACCCCCACAGACACAUGCCCCCAACAGAUACAUAUAUGUCUCUCUCUCACACACACACACACUCAAUAUUCAAUCUAUAUUCUGUAAAAUUAACCUCAAACCUAAAUUUUAAAACACUUCCAGGCUCACACAUGCAUUUGACGAGGCUUUAGUAGAGGCUGUGUUGGUAUGUCCAUGGGUAGUGUUAUGAGCCUGGUGAUAGUGUGACAAGGCUUUGAUAGAGAGCUGGUUUUGUAUGUCCAUGGGUAGUGUUAUGAGCCUAGUGUUAGUGUGACAAGGCUUUGAUAGAGAGCUGGUGUUAGUAUGUCCAUGGGUAGUGUUAUGAGCCUAGUGUUAGUGUGACAAGGCUUUGAUAGAGAGCUGGUGUUAGUAUGUCCACGGGUAGUGUUAUGAGCCUAGGGAUAGUGUGACAAGGCUUUGAUAGAGAGCUGGUGUUAGUAUGUCCAUGGGUAGUGUUAUGAGCCUAGCAAUAGUAUGUCCAUGGGUAGUGUUAUGAGCCUGGUGAUAGUCUGACCCUUCCUCUGCACAAUGAACAUCAAAACCACUCAUAAGAACCCAACUAACGUCCCUUGUGGCCUUGGGAAAAAGGUUAUCAUGUGAGCCUAAUGUAUUCGAGCAUACCAACAUGUGGUUACUGUAUGAUUCAACCCUGUAUAUAGAUCUAUUAAGGGGGUAUUCAGGCUUUAACUUAUGUAGCGUGUAAAGACUGGGUCAGCGCACGCCACCGAGUCUGUCUCACAAAAGUAUAUUGAUGGAAAAUUUGACGGGGAAUUCAAUUUUGGUCUAGGAUUUCCUCUGCGGGUUGUAGUUUCGGAAUUAUUCAAGAUUUAAUUCCGAGAGACUUCAGAUGGCUGGGAAUUUUUCAGUAUGUAAAAGUUUGUGAAUAAAUAAGUUGAAUAUGAA